UCUGACACGCUCGAGCCCACCUCCAUACCACACUGCUCACUCACCACAACACCACGACAUCCUCCCGCCCUCCUUUUCCACAUGUACAACAACACGCUCACCACCAUGAGUACCUCCACGCGCUUCCUCGACACCGUCGAACAGUUCAUGGACCGCUUCAAAGACCUCCAAGAUGCGCACCAGGCCAGCGUCUCGUCCCUGGCGCAAUGUCGUGCCGACUAUAAGGCCGCCAAGACGCACAUCAUGCGCUUCAAUGUGGCCAUCUGGCUGCUAGACAUCCUUCUAUUCAUCAUCCUGGUGCAGACCGUCUCGUCCAACCGGGAGACCAAGACCAAGCACGUCUGUCGGAGGAAGCUUGAGGAUGAGGAGUAUGAGAAGAUCGAGAGGGAAGACUAAACACUCACUACCUACUUGGAAAUCCC